AUGGAUGGUUUACACCGUGCUAUGGAAGAUUGGUUUAACCUGAGUACCUAUUUAGGUUUUCGCCUUCGCGAAUGGGCCCAGGAGGAUGAUUACCGUCGCCUGGCUUCCGGUGGCGAGAUCGCCCCGAAUGGUACGAAACGCGCUUUCACUCUCGGUGACAUUCGUUUGUUCGACUCGGGAAACCGUCCUGUUUCGAUUGCUGAGUUUAUCGAGAAUUUUGAUGCCGUCGCCCGCUCCAAUGUCAAGUUCUCUUGGCAAAAGAACCACGACCACGGUGAGGAAAAACUGCUCUCCAGCAAUCCUCGUAACCCUUCCCGCGACGCUCUGCGGAGUCUCCAUAACAUUGUCAGCCGAUUUGCACGGAUUGUCGGCCUGGAUAAGACCGAUAUCCCACUUGCAGUGUACAAAGGAUCCUUUGGUGAAAAGUUUUUCAUCCACAGCAAAGUCAUUGCUUCCACCCUUCGGACCUUGGCCAAGAAGACUUACAACCUGACUGAUCGCGAUCUUCAGCGACAUUACAAAUAUACGUCCCAUUCUCUUCGAGCUGGGGCGGCAGUGAUCCUUCACGCUGCGGGUAUCAACGCUAUUCAGAUCAAAUUUCUCUUGCGCUGGCGCUCUGAUUCUUUUUUCCUUUACCUUCGCAAUGUUGCACACCUUUCGGAGCAACAAAACCGGGCAAUUAACCAACUUGCCUCGGCUACUCAGUCUGAAGUGACUGCAGCUCGCGCUGCUUCUCGACUCAUCCCAAACAUUGUUUAG